AUGAUGAACUACUCAACCGUGCCUCUGAAGGAUGACGGGCCCGAGGUGUCGUAUGGCUCGAUUGAAGGCAAACCAAUUCAGAAAUCCAACCGUGUCGCGAAAUGGUACGCCAACAUGGCCAUGAUCAACUUUGUCGAGUUCGCAGCAGAGGCUUCUCGUGGGGUGGUUCUGGCCACACUCUUCUUGUAUGCCAAGUCGCUCGGUGGCAGCUUGAGUCACAUGGGGCUGCUCACGUCGCUCUUUUCAGUCGGACGCCUCAUUUCGUCGAUGUUGUUCGGGUGGAUGUGCGAUCACUACUCCUUCCGCUUCGUCUACCUCGUGUCCUCUACCAUUUGCCUGUUGGGCAAUAUUGUGUACUUGUUGGCGGAGGGCAGUGUGACCGGAAGUCUCCUUGUGCUUUCCGCAAGUCGCUUCAUUGUGGGGUUUGGAGCUGGAAACCGCAGUGUUUGCCGCGCAGAUGUGGCCGCCAUGACUACUAUCAGUCAGCGAUUGCCUUACAUUACUAUUCUGUCCACAGUCGAGUUCCUGGCCUACGCUCUCACUCCAGGACUUGGAAGUCUAGUGGCCAAUACCGACACGUACGUGCUCGGUAUCCACAUGAACCAGUUCACUGCACCCGGUGCCAUUCUCGUUGUACUCAACAUCAUGUCCAUCAUUGGCAUGCUCUUCGCGUACGAUGCGUCAGUGAAAUCUGUUGAUGGUCCUGAAGAGUCUGGCCCGAGAACGCAAGCCAGCCACGCACAAACCGAAAACUAUAGCCUGCCCGACCGCAUCAUUUACAUUGGUGCUGCUAUAUACAUCUUCCUGAACUUUAAUGCGAGAGGAAUGCUUUCAGUCUUCGAAACGGUGAACAUCCCGCUCUUCCUGCAGGUGACCGGCAAGGAUCCGAGCACGGUAGACGCCGUCGUGGAGGCCUCCAACUUCCAGUUUUACUUGGGCUUGCUUGGACUGGUGACGUACUUUUCGAUUGAGUACUUCCGCAAUAGCAUCUCCGACGCGAGUUGGGUACAGCUGGGCUUUGUUUCCCUGCUUGCUGGUAACGCGGUGCUGGUUGUGGUGCCUGCUACAGGUUUGUCGCUUGGGCUGCUUGCAGUAGCAGAGAUGUUAGUGUGGAGUGUGGGCUGCCCAAUUACGACGGCAGUAGGUGUAGCGGCCUUCUCAAAGCUUCUUGGAGGGCGACCGCAAGGCACACUCAUGGGGUUAUUCGGCUCGGCUGCGUCGGUCUCGCGCAUUAUACUGCCCCUCGUCCCCGCUGCCUUAUCGGCACUAACUCCUGUGUUUUGGAUCAACAUCUCGCUGUGCGUUCUUAGCAUAGUGAUGCUGUGGUGGUUCAAUCGCCUCGAGAAUGAGACUAGGAUGGACUUGCUCCGUGACACCGAAAAAGCGUACCCCCCGAGCGUCGUCGUCGCGAAAGACCGGGUCUGA